AUGGGUUAUGCUACUGAAGCACUUCAUUUGCCUGGAAUAUAUAAGAGGUUGGAGUUUGAUUUGGCCAUGCAGAGCAGUGAUUUGAAAAGAGCUCUCCAGUGCCUUCUCACAAUGAGCAACAGCAGCGACUUGGGGCAAGAUAAUUCAGGAUUUGAUUUGAAGGACAUUCUUACCAUAACAACUAAGAAAGAGAAUAUAUUGGAAGCUGUCCAAGGAAUAGUGAAAUUUACAAAGGAGUUUUUGGAUCUUAUUGACGCCGCAGACGCUACUGGACAGGCUGAAAUUGCUCGGGAGGCUCUGAAGAGGUUUUCUACAGCGCCUUCUGUGAAAGGAGCUUUACAGGGUCAUGAAUUAACAGGACAAACUCUUCGGUUAGCCAAUCAUGGAGAGUUGACACGACUUAAUAAUUUGGUAAACAAUUGUAAUCCGUUGGUGCUGGAGGGGAAGCCGCAUUCGCAGCUGCAGUUUUGGGAGACAAUGCCCUCAUGGAGAAGGCUUGGCAUGAUACUGGAAAUCUGGAAUGCUUGCUGAGGCUGUGCUUCAUGCCCAUGUAUGACAUUUUACAUAUGCUUGUACAUAUAACUCUUGAGUCAUAUGCCCACGUCCAUGAAGAACCACAAACUUAUAAGAAGUUUCUUGAAAU